UCACGGGCAUUUCCUUUGUUCCUACCCAUCACAAUAUCCUCCCUAUAUAAAUCCCUGAAAACCCAACUCCACUCAACACAAAGUUACAAACGUUUCUCUCUGCUUUCUCUCUCUAAAGUGUCAACCAUGGCUUUUUCCAAUGGGGUUUCAGUCCUCUUGAUUGCUUUAGUCAUGAGUUCUCUAAUGGCCGCCUGUGCGGGUAGCUUCUACCAAGACUUCGACCUCACCUGGGGUGACCAUCGUGCUAAGAUAUUCAAUGGAGGCCAGCUUCUCUCCCUUUCACUCGACAGGACCUCUGGCUCCGGCUUCCAGUCCAAGAAGGAAUAUCUCUUCGGAAGGAUUGAUAUGCAGCUCAAGCUCGUUGCAGGCAACUCUGCCGGCACUGUGACUGCCUACUAUUUAUCUUCUCAAGGGCCAACUCAUGACGAGAUCGACUUUGAAUUCUUGGGAAACCUUAGUGGAGACCCUUACAUCCUCCACACCAAUGUAUUCACACAAGGGAAGGGUAACAGAGAGCAGCAGUUCUAUCUCUGGUUCGACCCUACAAGGAACUUCCACACCUACUCAAUUGUCUGGAACCCACAAAGGAUCAUAUUCUUAGUGGACAACGUUCCCAUCAGAGAGUUCAGCAACGCAGAAUCAAUCGGUGUUCCCUUCCCUAAGAACCAACCCAUGAGGAUCUACUCCAGCCUCUGGAACGCCGACGACUGGGCAACAAGGGGUGGCCUAGUGAAAACUGAUUGGUCUAAAGCACCCUUCACUGCUUACUACAGGAACUUCAACGCCAAUGCCUGUGUCUGGUCUUCUGGGUCCUCUUCUUGCAGCUCCAGGUCCACAAAUUCUUUCAAAGAUAGUGAUUGGCAGACUCAAGAACUCGAUGGCUGGAGCCGGAGGAGACUGAGAUGGGUACAGAAGUAUUACAUGAUCUAUAACUACUGCACUGAUCUGAAGCGCUUCCCACAGGGUCUCCCUCCCGAGUGCAGACGCUCGAGGUUCCUUUGAGAAACGGCAUGGCAUUUGCUUUAUUAGUAUAUUGAGAUCAGUUUGUAAAAUAUCCGUUGGUGGUGAUUCCUUAUUGGUUUGUUUAUACUCAAAUUUUCAUGUCUAAAUUAUAUGUAAUAAUGAAGUCAAAUAAAUAAUAUUCUUGGUUUCUCGUUUUCCUUUUA